CUUGUGCUUUGAUUUGUAAUUGUUCGUUGAAAAAAUAAUCUGUUUCUCCUGUAAGUGACGAGUCUGAUAAGAAAUUAGAAUGCCUCGAAAACCAUGCUAUUGGACGCGUAAACUGGAAUUUGAAUUGGUUGAUUUCGUACGGAAAAGGGAAUUUAUAUGGAAACCAAUCGGCAAUACAAAUCACCAUAUCCAAAAGAAAUAUAAAGCCUACGCGGAAUUCGCAUCAAAUCUUGGCUGCGAUUUUACAGCACGCUCUGUGAGAGAUCGUUGGGUGAAUAUUCGAAGUACCUUUAACCACAACCUUCGACGAGUUGAUAAAUCUAAGGAGAUGGCACAAUCUUCCUCUGACAUCUUUGUGCCAUGUUGGCCUUUGUGGAAACCAUUGCAGUUUUUGAGAGAGGCAACAAAGGAAGACAGCGUUAAUUAUGAUGACUACCCAAUGCAAGACUACAAAGAUUUAGCAUCCAAAAUUGAAGUUAAGGAAGAAUCUAAACCGGAAUUCGACACAGAACUGAACAUAAGGCAGAGAGGUGAAAGAACAAACCGACCAAGAAGAAAAUCUAUAAAAAAAUUGGGUCACACAAGUAAUUGUAAAAAAGUUCUAGACAAUCUCAUUACCACAAUGACCCCAUUAUUGAAUACAAGUUCUCAGAAAUCACAGUACUGGUUCUUCGGUCGCCACGUCACAGAAAGGCUCUCUGCUAUGAGGAAAAUUGAUGCUGAAUGUGCGAGCCGUGGUAUUGUACAGCUAUUGACCACCUGAGAAACGCAAAGUCUAAAGCUGACUCAUUUGACAGAAUAACUAAUUGACUGAGAAACACUAGUCUUAAUAAGUAACUUCACUUUGAGUAGGUCUACUUUAUUUAUUUUUUUGUCAUAUCCUUUUUCAUUAAUAACAAGAACGAGACUAUGGAAAAUAAAAAAAUAAACCUACGAUAGACUCUA